GGUACAUGAGUGGUUCUCCUGGGUCUGGCUCACUGCAGUGUAGGGAAGGGUAGCGCUGCUGCCUGUACAAUGCGCUGAAGGAUGGUGCAUCAGGAGAAACGUGUCUACCAGGCCCAGAGGAAUGACAGAGAGUCCAUCAGGCAGAAGCUGGCUCUUGGCAGUUUCUAUGACGACGAGGAGCCAGUCAUCUACAACAGCUGCAGCAAGAACGGCCUUCCCACCCGUCCUCCAAGUGGUGUGAACCUGCAGGUGUGUUUUGUGAAUGACAGCAGCAGUGACAAGGACAGCGAUGCCGAGGACAGUAAGACAGAGACCAGCCUGGAUACGCCGCUGUCACCCGUGGUACACGCUAUAGAUAGUAAGCAGAGUUCGUCGCUGUCGGACCGGGACACGGGCGAGGAGGACUCGGACCCCCUAGAGGACUGUGGCUUCUGGCGGGUGCAGCGGCGGCUCCAGGAGGAGGCCAGGGUGGCGCUGGCGUUGGCUCGCCCCAUGGCCCGCAUGCAGGUAGAGGUGGAGAGACAGAUCCAGCUCCACCGUCGCUCGCCCGUCGCAGACCUGCUGCCCCACCUGCCCCACAUCAGUGAGGGUCUGAUGAAGAGGAGUCUGAGGAGGGGCGACAUGAGGGACAUGAGCCUGGGCCAGCUCCAGGUCAUCACCAACGAUCUGCACUCACAAAUACAGAGCCUGAAUGAGGAGCUGGUGCAGCUGUUGCUGAUGAGAGAUGAGCUUCAUGUGGAGCAGGAUGCCAUGCUGGUGGACGUAGAGGACAUGACCAGGCAUGCUCAGAGCCAGCAGAGACACAUGGCAGAGAAAACCCUCUCCAAAUAAAACCCCGGCCACCUGUCCCCAUCAUCAACCACGUCACAUGACAACCACAACCACCACAGAGCAGUGGUCAACAACCCUGAUCCUGGACACCAAUAAGGCAUGCAGGCUUUUGUUCCAGCCCAGCACUUUUACAGCUGAUUCAACUCAUCAAUAUCUUUUGAUGCCUAGUUGAUUAGGUGAUUCAGGUAUGUUAGUACUAGGCUGGACCAAGCCUGGACAUGCUUUAGCUCGUCAGGGCUACCGUCCACUACUAAAGGACCCCACCCUCCCGGGAGUCACAUAGGGCCCUGAGUUUUACGUGGUCAGGCAAAAGUCCAGUCCCCAGUCAUAAACCACGUCUCGUAAUGACAGCUUGAUCAAAUCAAAUCAAAUCAAAUCAAAUCAAAUCAAAUGUAUUUAUAUAGCCCUUCGUACAUCAGCUGAUAUC